CUUGAGAGCAUAAGCUAAAAAAGCGGCCGCCUGCUGUCAUACAGAAGCUGCACGCCAGCCGGCGCACGCAUAACUCAUUUCUGUGCAGCGCAGAACCUCGAAAAUCCAUCUCUGCUGCAACCUCGCGACACCCGCUUUGCUGCAAGCUGCAGACAGCCAUGCGCAUUACCCUCCUCGCAGCAAGCAUAGCCAUCACAAGCGGCCUGCGCCCGCUGCGCCGCACCAUCCAGCAUUUCAAAAAAACGAGACCGGCGGGCCUCUGGAACGAUGCAACGGCGCCGACGUACGACGGGACAAAACCCUUAAGAGUCUGCGUCUGGAACGUCCAGUACGGCGCCGGCAUCCGGCAGCACUACUUUUACGACGGCGGCGACGCCGUCAGCGCGCCGAGACCCGAAGUGGAACAAGGCAUUAAAAAAAUCGGCGACGCCAUCGCCACCAUCGAUCCCGACGUCGUGCUCCUCCAGGAGGUCGACCGGCGAAGCCGACGGACGCACAAGAUUGAUGAGUUCAAACUAUUGCGAGAACGCCUCGACUUUCCCUGCGCGGCGUCGGCGGCGUACUGGCGGGUGCCCUAUGUCCCACACCCUAAAAAUGAACACGUCGGCCGCAUCGGCAUGCACUUGUGUACCUUGUCGAAAUAUCAAUUGCAAGAUGCGACACGGCACCAGCUGCCCCUGCUACGGGAGUCGCGCGUGCGCCAGCUGUUUAAUCUUAGGAGGUGCGUCCUCGAGACGCCACUAGUCAAUGGCCCGACGCUCUUCAACACCCAUCUCUCAGCGUUUUCGUAUGGAGACGGGACGGUCGAACGGCAGAUUUCGAGGCUGCGCGAAUUGGUAGAGGGGAAGGAGUUCUUGCUAGCGGGUGACCUCAACUCUCUGACGCCGUACGAGGACGCUUCGACUCUCGCCAAGGACGAGGCCGCGCUCUACCCCGAAUCGAACACGCCCGCGGCGCCGCUGUAUGUUGAUCCUAAUAUUGUGCCGCUCUGGCGGGAUGCGGUGUGGAAAUCACGCCAUCGAGCAGGCGUCGCGGCCACGACAUUUGGUUUCUACAUUUAUUUACCUUCGCGUCGAUGGCGUUUCGCGUCGACGGCGUCUGGGGGGCUCCGCCGAGACGCCACACGAGAGCGCCACAACAACAAAAAAUAGCCUAAAAAUACACAGGCGGGACGCAUCAACACGCCGCGCGACCUACAAGCCCUGGACGUCGCCGGCGCCGGACCGCACGAUCGACCACGCGUUCUGCUCGCCCGGCGCGGCCUUCGCGGGCGGCGGCGUCUUCGCGACGGACGGCUACCUGAGCGACCACCAGCCUGUGGUGUUUGAGGUAUCCUUUAACAACACAUGA